AGCCGUUCCCCGAGCUGAAGUUGUGUCGGGAUAGUAAGAGGUGUGCGGUAUGGCUGGGGAGACCUUCAAGGCGUUACGACUGUGUCAGCAUCACUUAGCGUUACUGCAGAGAUGUCCACACCCAGGUACAAAGCUGCUGCUGCACAGGUCUUUCAGCUCCCAGAGAGGAGGGCGGAGUCCUGGACUGGUGAAGAAGGUGUUGGUGGGUGUGUCUGUAGGAGUGCCUGUCGUCAUGGGAGUUCGAUACGCUGUCUCUGAACCCAGAGAAAGAAGGAAAAUGGAAAUCUUGGUGGAGGGAGUAGGUCGCUUCUGCAGGUCUCUCUAUGUGGGAGUUGUGAUCUCAGUAGAUUAUUGGUGGACCACAAAUGUCACUCUGCGCGGUGUGGAUGAGAGCAGCCCAGCGUACGUGACGGGGAUGUCUGCGUGUCAUCAGAGAGCGGCCGACAGUAUUGUGGAGGGGGCGGUGCAGAACGGAGGCGUCUACGUCAAACUGGGACAGGGCCUGUGCGCGUUUAACCACCUCCUGCCCCCCGAGUACAUCCGAACCCUGCACGUCCUGGAGGACAAGGCACUCAACCGCAGGUACAAAGAGGUAGAUGCUCUGUUUCUAGAGGACUUCAACACCACUCCAGAUAAGAUGUUCAAAAACUUUGACUAUGAGCCAUUUGCUGCAGCAAGCUUGGCCCAGGUCCAUAAAGCAGAGUUGCAUGAUGGGACACCGGUGGCUGUCAAGGUACAGUACAUAGACCUCAGAGACCGUUUCGACGGUGAUAUCAGAACCCUGGAGAUUCUGUUGGAUAUUAUCAAAUUCAUGCAUCCCAGCUUUGGCUUCCGCUGGGUCCUAAAGGACCUGAAGGGUACUUUAGCCCAGGAGCUGGACUUUGAGAAUGAAGCAAAAAAUUCGGAACGCUGUGCAGAGGAGUUGAAACAUUUCAGAUUCAUUGUUGUGCCCAAGGUCUACUGGGACUUGACCAGCAAGAGGGUGUUGACCGCGGAGUUCUGUGAAGGUUGCAAAAUCAACAACGUGGAGGAAAUCAGGAGACAAGGGCUGAGUUUGAAAGAUACAGCUGAUAAACUUAUACGCACGUUUGCAGAACAGAUAUUUUACACUGGCUUCAUUCAUGCUGACCCACACCCGGGAAAUGUGCUAGUAAGACGAGGCCCGGAUAAGAAAGCGGAGCUGGUUCUGUUGGAUCAUGGACUUUACGAGUACCUCAGUAAAAGCGACAGAGUUGCCCUGUGUAAACUCUGGCGUUCCAUAAUCCUGAGAGAUGAGGCUGCUAUGAAAAGAUACUCUCAUGACCUUGGGGUCAAAGACUACUUCCUGUUCUGCGAGAUGCUCCUGCAGCGGCCGAUCAACAUGCGGGAGCUGGGCCUCGGGAACAUCCUGAGUCGGGAGGAGACGUCUUACAUGCGGAACAUGGCGGUAAAUCACUUUGAGAACAUCAUGCGGGUGCUGAAGUCUCUCCCGCGGCCGAUGCUGCUGGUUUUCCGCAACAUCAACACCGUCCGGUGCAUCAACAUCACGCUGGGGGCGCCGGUCGACCGCUACUUCGUCAUGGCCAAGAGCGCCGUUCGAGGGUGGGGUCGGAUCCAGGCGGACGACACCAGGGUGUUGCCGAGGUUACGGUUGUUCCGCUGGGUUCGGUCCUUCUGGGAGAACUUCAAGUUUGAAUGUGCUUUAAGGUCAGAGAUGGCAGUGAUGUCUGUAACUCGUUGUCUGCUUCACCUGCUCUCUUACUUUGGCCUCAUAUCAUUGGACGAGGAGAUGUACCAGUACUUGAAGUGAAAAGAAACCAAUGUUGCCAAAGUUCACUCAUACCUCAGCAGGGCCUGAGUUAAUCUACAGACACGCCAAACCCAGAACAACGAGGCAACCUCAGGCACAGAAGGAAGGAAGGAAGGAAGGAAGGAAGGAAGGAAGGAAGGAAGAAAGAAAGACCAGCCAUGAGAUUCGAAGGUUCGCUUUUGAGACGUGAAAUGAACUCAUUGUUGCUCCCUGAAUGGUGCUCACUUUUUAACAUUAAAAAGAAAAAAAAAAAAUCCUGGACUCACCAAAUCACACACGCUUGAGUCUGCAGACAGAACACGCCGGGCCCUUUUAUGUCCAUCCGUUGCUCUCACUCUCUCUGGAAUAAGCUGUUUUGGUUUACAUUAAUGAAGAAAGAAAAGUAUUAGGAUGGAGCGUUCCAUCAAUGCACUUUGACCUUCUACCUUCUUCGUGUCGUUAGCGAUGCAGUCUGCGUGACGGAAGCUCAGAGGCAAUUUUCAGUCCAGUUUGGUAAACACAGGGGUUCAUAUUUAGUUUUAUUUUGUUUGUGCUACUUUAUUUAUACUUUGUUGGAAAGAUUAUGGAUUUUAGCCUUUCGUUUUGAUUUUUAACCCUAAUAUUUUAAGCAGUAUGAGCACCAAUGUGGAAGAUAAUAUAAUUUUAAUAAAUGUCUUACUGAAUAAAUUAUUCCUUGUAUAAACCAUGCUAAUGAAGAUUUGCCAUACAUUACCAUGUAUAUAAAUAUUACCCAUUAUUAUGAACAAGCCUUUUUGAAAUUUAUGUAUAGAGUAAUGAUAAACCAUUGACUUUUGUCUCCUCCUGAGAGUUAAGAUUGAUGAAUGUACAUUUUGUAUCCAUUCAGUCAAGCAGAAUCUCCUCCUGGAAUAAAUUUUAUUGCUGUUAACCCUUGA